GAUUUCUAUUUUACUUUUGGGUAAACGUUGUCUUUACGCUUCCGGUAGAAGCGGUGUCUUGUAAUUCACAUGGUUUCAACCUAUUUAUUUGCAAAAGUAUUUUUUAUAUGCAGAUAUAAAUACUAAAUAGUUAUGGACCAAGAUUUGUAUGACGAGUUUGGGAAUUACAUCGGUCCAGAACUGGACAGUGAUGAUGACGAUGAAGAGGAUUCUGAUGAUGAAAGAGAAGAACAAGACAGGGAAUAUGGAGAUGAUGAUGAUGACAUGGACCAAGAUGAUGAUCAGAAUGACAUGCAGGUUGUUCUUCACGAAGACAAGAAGUAUUACCCAACUGCAGAGGAAGUGUACGGCCCAGAGGUUGAAACCAUCGUUCAAGAGGAGGACACUCAGCCUCUGACAGAGCCAAUUAUUGCUCCUGUGAAAAAGAAGAAAUUUGCCAUGACAGAACAGGAUUUGCCAGCUACUACUUACAAUAUGGAAUUUCUGGCAGACCUGAUGGACACUCCAGAACUGAUAAGGAAUGUUACACUGUGUGGUCAUCUUCACCAUGGCAAGACAUCCUUUGUUGAUUGCCUGAUUGAGCAAACUCAUCCAGAAAUAUACAGUAAAGAUGACAAAGAUAUUCGUUACACAGACACACUCUUCACGGAGCAAGAGAGAGGAGUCAGUAUAAAGGCGUCCCCAGUCACCCUAGUCCUCCCCGACUCCAGAAACAAAUCUUUCCUGAUGAAUCUGUACGACAGUCCAGGUCAUGUGAAUUUUUCGGAUGAAGUAACGGCAGCUUUCAGGCUGAGUGAUGGUGUGGUUAUCUUCAUUGAUGCAGCAGAGGGAAUAAUGUUGAACACAGAGCGGCUUCUAAAACAUGCUGUCCAGGAAGGACUACCUGUCACAAUCUGUCUGAACAAAAUUGAUCGCCUCAUGUUGGAACUUAAACUUCCUCCCACAGAUGCAUACUAUAAACUGCGCCAUAUUCUGGAGGAGGUUAACUCACUUAUUAGUGUGUACUCUGAGGAUGACUCAGGCACCACAGUGUCUCCCUUGCUGGGGAAUGUCUGCUUUGCCAGUUCGUAUUACAGAUUCUGUUUUAGUCUGGGAUCAUUUGCCAAGAUUUACAGUGAUUCAUUUGGUGGAAUGAAUGAUAAAGAAUUCGCAAGAAGACUUUGGGGCGACAUUUACUUCAACAGUAAAACAAGAAAAUUUACAAAGAAACCUCCUUCAAGUUCAUCUCAAAGAAGUUUUGUAGAGUUUGUUUUGGAACCAUUGUACAAAAUUUUUGCUCAGGUUGUUGGAGAUGUUGAUGAGUGUCUUCCCAGACUUUGUGAUGAACUUGGAAUAUCUCUGACUAAAGAGGAGAGAAAGCUGAACAUAAAGCCAUUGCUGAGGAUCGUCUGCAACCGCUUCUUUGGAGACUUCACAGGAUUUGUGGACAUGUGUGUGAACUUUAUCAAGUCACCAGUGGGCAAUGCCCAGAUUAAAAUUGAUCACAUUUACACUGGACCCUCUGAUAGUGACCUGGUAGACACCAUGUGUCAAUGUGACCCAGAUGGUCCACUAAUGAUUCACACCACCAAACUAUACCCAACCCACGAUGCCACAAGUUUUCAUGUGUUGGGUCGGGUCAUCAGUGGAACUCUCCUUGCCAACCAGGAGGUCCGAAUCCUGGGAGAAAAUUACUCAUUACAAGAUGAGGAGGACUCUAGGUUUGGACAAGUGGGUCGACUUUGGAUUUCCGAGGCUAGAUACAAAGUGGAGGUCAAUCGAGUGCCAGCUGGGAACUGGAUCCUGAUUGAAGGCAUAGACCAGCCAAUUGUCAAGACAUCGACAAUUACAGAUGUCUCCAAUUCUGAUGAGGUGUACAUCUUCCGACCGCUGAAGUUCAACACAAGUUCUGUCAUAAAGAUUGCAGUGGAACCAGUGAAUCCUUCAGAACUUCCAAAAAUGUUGGAUGGAUUACGCAAGGUCAACAAGAGCUACCCCCUUCUUACCACCAAGGUAGAGGAGUCUGGUGAGCACAUAAUACUGGGGACAGGGGAGUUGUACCUGGACUGUGUGAUGCAUGAUCUGAGGAAGAUGUACUCAGAAAUCGAUAUUAAGGUGGCUGAUCCAGUGGUGUCAUUUUGUGAGACAGUGGUGGAAACUUCAUCACUCAAAUGUUUUGCAGAGACUCCAAACAAGAGGAAUAAGCUAACAAUGAUUGCUGAACCUCUAGAGAAGGGUUUGGCGGAGGACAUAGAAAAUGAAGUAGUGCAGAUCACUUGGCCCAGAAAACGACUGGGAGAAUUUUUCCAGACAAAAUAUGACUGGGAUCUUUUGGCUGCUCGGUCUAUUUGGGCUUUUGGGCCUGAUGCUACAGGACCAAACAUUCUGGUGGAUGACACUUUGCCUUCUGAGGUUGAUAAGAGUUUACUUGGUGCUGUCAAAGACAGUAUAGUCCAAGGAUUUCAGUGGGCGACCAGAGAAGGGCCGCUAUGUGAUGAGCCCAUCAGAAAUGUAAAGUUUAAGAUCCUGGAUGCAGUGAUUGCCCAGGAGCCACUACACCGAGGAGGUGGUCAGAUCAUACCCACUGCCAGGAGAGUGGCCUACUCUGCAUUCCUCAUGGCUACUCCACGUAUGAUGGAGCCAUACAACUUUGUGGAAGUGAUGGCUCCGGCUGACUGUGUAUCUGCAGUGUACACUGUCCUGGCUAAAAGAAGAGGUCAUGUUACCCAGGAUGCACCUGUGCCAGGGUCUCCUCUAUACACUAUCAAGGCCUUUAUUCCUGCAAUCGAUUCAUUUGGAUUCGAGACUGAUCUGAGAACUCACACACAAGGACAGGCCUUUUGUCUGUCUGUGUUUCAUCACUGGCAGAUUGUACCAGGCGACCCACUGGACAAGAGUAUUUUGAUCCGACCUCUAGAAGCCCAGCCUGCCACUCAUUUAGCAAGAGAGUUCAUGAUUAAGUCACGAAGAAGAAAGGGCCUCAGUGAAGAUGUCAGCAUCAACAAAUUCUUUGAUGAUCCUAUGUUGUUGGAGUUGGCAAAACAGGAUGUUAUGCAGAGUUAUCCCAUGUAAAAAGAACCAUAAAGACAAUAGCAGUACACAUUAUUCAUUGUGAAUCAUCAUUUCAUGACGGUCAUGAGAAAUAAAUUUUAUGUAAAAAAUGUUGACUUUUUCCAUUUGAAAUGUAAGUGAAUUCUUUAAAUUUGUAUACAUGUAUAGCAUUUGCCUUGCAGUUUGAUUGCAAUACAUGCCAAUCUAAAGUUCAA